AUGACUCCACAGAGUCGGACUGUUCCUGUCCGACCUGCAUCGGCGACGCAAACUCCUCCGCGAGCUAGUCUAGAUGAUCUGGCACAGAUCAAGCAGCUUCUCACUAACCUGGUAAACGGUCAGCGCGACCACGAAACCAGGCUGGAGAGGCAUGAGAGACGCCUUGCUGAAUCUCGAAACAUCACUAGCCCGCCUCCACGGACUCAGCUCGAUUUUUCGACAAUCUACGCAUCUGGCGUACCUCAGGCGCAAUUCGUUACGCCUUCGCGACCUCAAGUUUCUCAGAUUUUCGGUCCACGGCCGAGCUCGCCACCUGUUGGCAUAAACAAUACGAGCUCGCACCCAAGCGAAACGAGAGCUCAACCGAACGUUCCUCUCUCAUCUCCACCCCCAGGGCCACCUGGUACCGAUCCAGCUAGGCCUAGGUGGUUUGGCGCUUCAGCUUUUGCCUCGAGCUCGCAUGCAAUGCCUGAGUUCGAGAAUCAGCUAGGCGCAACAUACGGUUCACAGCCCUCCGCAACAGCGCGAGAGCACGUGAACGGGAGUUAUCAACAAUUCCCCAGCUCGACCGGUCAGCCCAGUCGAGCUCAAUUCCAAAGAGCUAACGAUUUCACGAAUCAAGCUCCGUUCUAUCCGAUUCCAGCUAAUCGGAACCCAGCUGAUCCACGUAAUCUCGUCGACAGUGAAUCUUUCGAAAGAUUCCAAGAUCGCACAGACCUCGCGUUUCAGCAUAUGAGCUCGAUGUUUCAUCAAGCAACAAGCUCAGCUCCUGAUAUCGACAGAGUGAUUAAAGAGUCUAGACGAACUCCUUUUUCACUCAGGAUCAAAAGUACCUGUAUUCGAGAUACCAGCAAUCUGCGUAUCCCGGAAUACUCUGGUAACAGCGAUCCGAGAGCUUACAUGCGAGCUUUUAACCUCGUCGUAUCUCGAGUACCUUUCUCUCCAGAAGAGAUAGAAGCAGCCUACUGCAGGCUCUUCGCUGAGAACCUGAUCGGACCAGCUCAAGAAUGGUUCUCAACGCUGGACGAAAACUCAAUCGAUAAUUUCGAUCAGCUCCAAUCAGCCUUCCUAAAAUAG